AUGGCUGCAGAAGAAGGGCUUGAUGAUUAUACACAAGAUGGGACCGUUGAUUUCAAGGGUAAUCCUGUUCUUCGAUCAAAGAGUGGUGGAUGGACUGCUUUCUCCUUUGUUGUUGUAUACGAGGUAUUUGAAGGCUUGGCAUAUUUCGGAGUGGUUUCGAAUUUGAUAAUCUAUUUAACAAUGGAGCUCCAUCAAGGCACAGUCACGUCCGCUAACAAUGUCACCAACUGGUCCGGCGCCGUUUGGUUAACACCUAUUCUUGGUGCCUAUAUCGCCGACGCUCAUCUUGGUCGUUACUGGACAUUCAUCAUUUCGGCUCUAAUUUAUCUCAUGGGACUGGUUUUAUUGACACUAGCAGUCUCAUUUCGCGCGUUGAGACCCCCACCUUGCCAAGAUGCUAAUGUGGAAAACUGCAAAGAGGCCUCUACAUUACAAUUAGCAGUCUUUUAUGGUGCGCUGUAUACUCUAGCCGUAGGAUCAGGCGGAACUAAACCGAACAUCUCGACGAUUGGCGCAGACCAAUUCGACGAUUUCGAUCCAAAGGAAAAGGCGCAAAAGCUGUCAUUCUUCAACUGGUGGAUGUUUGCCGUGUUCUUUGGAAUAUUCUUUGCCAACACAGUUCUUGUUUGGAUACAAGAUAACGUUGGCUGGACACUCGGGUAUGCGCUUCCGACUAUUGGAAUUGCUAUUUCUAUAGCAGUCUUUGUGGCCGGCACGCCAUUCUAUAGGCACAAGUUGCCAACGGGGAGUCCCAUUACAAGGAUGGCUCAAGUCAUUGUUGCUGCCACAAGGAAAUGGAGGGAAUGUCUCCCUCAUGAUCCUAAACAGCUCUAUGAGCUGGACAUGGAAGUAUAUGGAAAGAAAGGGAAUUUUAAGAUUGAAUCCACACCAACCAUGAGUUUCCUCAACAAAGCUGCAAUAAAAACAAACUCGACUAGUCCAUGGAUGGUAUGCUCGGUUACCCAAGUGGAGGAAACGAAGCAAAUGGUACGAUUGUUACCAAUCUUUGUUUCCACUUUCAUACCGAGCAUUAUGAUGCCACUAGUCUCUACUCUCUUUGUCAGCCAAGGAACCACUCUACAAAGAGACAUUGGCACUUUCAAAAUACCACCGGCGGGUUUAACAGCAUUAGUACCCUUAUCCACACUCAUCACCAUACUGCUCUACGACAGGCUCUUUGUUAAGAUGAUGAGAAAAUGGACUGGGAAUCCUAGAGGAAUCACUCUUCUGCAGAGAAUGGGAAUCGGAAAUGUUGUCGUUAUUUUACUCAUCACCACCGCUUCUUCGGUUGAGAGAUACAGACUUAAAGUCGCCAGAGAGAACGGGGUUGCUGACGACAAUGGAGGUCAAGUACCUCUCUCCAUAUUCAUUUUGCUUCCGCAGUUCAUUCUGAUGGGGAUUUCUGAUGCGUUUUUCUUAGUUGCCAAGGUCGAGUUCUUCUACGACCAAGCGCCGGAGAAUAUGAAGAGCCUCGGGAGUUCUUACGGCUGGGCUACUGUAGGGAUUGGAAAUUACCUCAGCACUUUCUUGCUUUCAGUAGUUUCCGAUGUCACCAAACAAUACGGCCAUGGAUGGAUUCUGAACAACCUCAACGCCUCUCAUUUAGACUAUUAUUACGGAUUUUUGGCCUUGUUGUGCCUUUUGAACUUCUUUUUCUUCUUGUUUCUUUCCAAGAUUUACGUAUACAGGGCCGAAGUUUCUGAUUCGAUGAAAGUGCUGGCAAAAGAAUGGAAAGCAACAACAAUCAGGGAAUCCAACAGAAAUGAGCAGUGA